CACCAAACAAACUCCCACCACCCAGCCAUAUCGCCCAGGGAUACUUACUCCAUCUAUCGGAGUAGAGUGGUGGCAGUCUUUGACCCUUCUCACACCGGUAUCUCCAGCACAUCACCCUCCUUACCAACAACAAAGCUCCCCAAAAAAACCACCAACCGCAGGGGGGUUCUGAACUGAACAUGCAUAUCACAACACCAUCUCUGCGCUCGGCGCUGGCCCACGCAUUCCAAAUUCCUCUUCGACAAUAUUCGACAAGUCUCCUGUCGAGAAACACGACCAAAGCCAUGGUGACCUCGCAACAAUCUCAUCCCUUCGCUCCGCAGCAACAGCAAUCAUCACCAUUUUCCUCGAGUACAUCUCGCGCCGCGAAGGGAAAGAAGGGAAGGGGCAUGAAGCCAGAUCGAAGAAUUACUCUAAUCCGAUAUUUCCUUAACCACCCUACAUUCUACACCCCACGACCGCUGCGAUUCUCACGGACACGAUAUCUGCGACACUGGACGAUUCACCGGGCAUGGAACCUGUUCAACGCCAAGAUGAAGAAGGAGCGAGCCUUGGAGAUGGAACGACAAUAUAACGCCAUGGCGGCGGCGAACGAGGAAUUGCGCGUCAAUGCUGGUGAUGCGGGCCGUCUGUUCCGCAUGGCUCAGAUGAAGACUGGCAUUUGGGGUAUCCCUGAGCGUGGCGCCGGUGUGCCGAUCGAAUAUGCAAGGGGCUUGGUGGAGUGGAUUGGUAGUACGGGUGGUCUUGGUGAGGGCAGUCAGGCAGGUGGAAAGCAGGCUGCUGCGGGAAAACUUGCCAGAGUUUGGGAUUCCGAGUGGAAGAGACAUUGAUUUGAUUUGAUUUGAUCUAAUUAUAUCAGAUCCGAGGGUCACGCGGUGGGGCUGAUCUGGCAUGUCAGGAGGUAUAAAGACCGACUUGUUGAGCUGUACAUUAUCAUAUGGUGCUUUUUGGUGGUCUGAAAAUCAUGGUCUAUUCUCCAGACCAAGAACUCGUCAGUGAGAUAGCAUGGAAUGGAUUACAAGUGGCUGCUUAGGUAGAAAUCAUUCACAUUAUAUGCUCCUGUUCUCUCUUUGAUGUGUACUUGGGAGAGAAAAGCGAUUCAGCUCACAAUAUAUCAUAUUAUGAAC